AUGGAAAGACCUAAGAUGUCUCAUUUGACUGCAGUAAAGAGAAUCUUAAGGUACAUUAAAGGGACAUUAGACAGUGGAAUUAUUUUUCAAACAUCAGAUGAAAGUAACUUUGAUUUAGUUGGAUACACCAAUUCAAAUUGGUGUGGAGACAAGGAUGAUAGAAAGUCUACUGCUGGCUACAUAUUUCUGUAUGGUGGUGCACCAAUCUCAUGGUGCAUAAGGAAGGAACCUGUUGUAGCUCUAUCCACUUGUGAAGCUGAAUACAUUGUUGCUUCCUUAAGUGCUUGUCAAGGUGUUUGGUUAAGCAAUUUGAUCACAGAAAUAAGCAAUGUGGAGUGUAGAUCAGUAACACUCAAGGUUGACAACCUAUUUGCAAUCAACUUGGCUAAGAAUCCAGUGGCUCACGGCAGGAGUAAACAUAUAGAAAUGAGGUUCCAUUAUCUGACAGAGCUGCAUAUUGCAGAUGUACUAACAAAGGUUGUGACAGUGGAAACCGUCUUAAGGUUGAAAAAUUUGAUGUGCAUAAGAUCCUUAGAGAAUAUGAAUUAA